AUGAGACCGAGUACGUUCUCCCGUCUUGACCCAAAGUUGGAGCGCACUGCGUUGUACAUCAUGUACAUCAUGGACUUGAUGAUGUACGUGGAUACUCGAUGGAGAGAUGGAUACGUCGUCGAGAAUGAACGAAGAGUGGACGAGGAGAGUCGAUGGGGGAGCGCUGUGCGACUCGAGGUUGGAGGAAGGAGGAAGGAGGAAGUCACGUUGGCGGGUGCUUGCCCAAUGCAGCUGUGCUAUGUAGUGCCCAGCCAGAUUAGGAAAGAGCGCGGUCUUACGUGGAAGGAACGAUCGAUGCAGUCUGGACCUGCAGCCCUCCACUAG